UUAGAACAGGUAUAAGCUAGAUAUCGGGUAAGCCCAAACAGCGGGCUUAUGUAAACCUGCAGGCAGUAGGGCGUUGGCUUCAGUCGCAGAAGAACGCUUGACAGAGUUGGGUGCGCGACUGGGCUUCUAUCUUGGUCCUGUGUUUAUCCGGACUAGUUGCAGACGCCGGUAUCUAGACUAUAGGACUUGAUGAACUAAUAACUAAGGAGAAAAAAUAUUUAUUUUUCUCAGAGACAUAUUUUAAAAUAGUUUUGUAUUAAUUGGACUUGAAACUGUCCCAUUUCUAUUGAAUCUGGAUUUGUUAUAUAAUAUGUCAUUUAAAAAAUAAAUAAACUUUUCGUGUUAAAAAUGUGGAAGCAAGUUUUACUUGUUGGAGUUUCUAUGCUGGCGGCGCUUGUGGUGCCUUCUCACGCACAAUGUCAGAUAAACAACUGUCAAACAUGUCUUCUUGAAUCUGGAGAGUACAAAUGCGCCACAUGUCAAGUUGAUGACUACGCAAUAAAUUCCGCGCGGACAGCGUGUUGCAGUGUCGGUUGUUAUCAGGACUCAUCCGGAUUUGCCGCUUGUCACGUUAACCAAACCUGUGUUUAUGACGGAUGUCAUCCCGGUUACAUUGGUCCUAAAUGCACACCAUGUAAAUCAUUCGUACCGAAUUGCGACAGCUGUCGCGCACUGGCAGGAUCGUCCAAGAUAGAUUGUGUAACUUGUGCCAGGGGAUAUUAUCGCAACUUAGACGGGACACAGUGCUGUAGCAACUCAGGAUGCGAUUCGUGCACUGGAACAAAUAAUGCCGUUUGCUCUGUCUGUAAGCCAGGAUGGUUUCUCUACCAAACCUCAUGUGACCAGUGUGGUACCACUUGCGUAUCACCAUCAAAUGGAACGGCGAGGUGUGACCCGGUAACCGGUAGUUGCUACUAUGGAUGUCAACCAAACUACCACGGUAGCAAGUGUCAACGACUCUGCAAUGUAGCCAACUGCAUCACCUGUACCUACAACGAGCCCUCAGACAACUUGACCUGCGCUGUCUGUGUUGCUGGAAGAUACGGCCCCUACUGUAUAUCAUGCAACAGUAACUGUCUGAGAGACACCGGAGACAUAUGCAUUCACAACGGUACAUGCUUAGACGGAUGCAGACCGGGUUACAGGGGUGAUAAAUGUGAUGUGUCAUGUGAGGCUACACUCGGUCUUUCAAACUGUGCCGUGUGUGACAGAUACCAAUUUGCAUGCACUGUUUGCAAGCCUGGGUUUCAUGGCUCUCAAUGUCAAUUACCAUGCGGAGUCAACUGUGUGGCGGUCGGUGGCGCAAGAUACUGCAAUAUAUCGGACGGCACAUGCAGAGACGGUUGUAUGCCUACCUACUACAGACACGACUGCAGUGGAUCUUGUCCGAACUGUGGAUACGACGUUUGCCAUAGAACCACCGGUACCUGUUUGAACGCCAUCUGUGACAGCGGCUUCUACGGAGAGACAUGUAACCAGUCCUGCCCUGUUAACUGCGGUUCGGAUCCGAAUGGCAACGCGUAUUGUAACUUCACUUCCGGUGACUGCACGUAUGGCUGCCGGGACGGCUACUAUGGAGCGAAGUGCACGCUCGGAUGUUCCCAAUUCUGUAAAAGAAGCCCCGCAAAUACAGAGAAGGGUCCCCUCUGCAAUCAAGCCACUGGAAAUUGCGUGUAUGCGUGUGAGCCUGGCUCCUACACGCCGACAUGCCGCGAAGUUUGUCGGUCAAAAUGUGUUGACAAUACAUGCGACAUCAACUCUGGAACGUGUGCAGAGUGUGAUAAAGGCGCAAACGCAGGUGUCCUGUGUCCAACCGGAACGUGCAGUGUGGGUAAAUUUGGGACAUUCUGUAAUGAAGAUUGUCCCGGCGGCGCUCAGUGUUGGAAUCGAACCUGCAACCGCUACACCAGCACUUGCAUUGGGUGCGUGGUGGGCAGAUGGGGCGACAUUUGUAACCGCACGUGCCCAAACUGCGUGAACGGACUGUGUGAGCAGAGCACCGGCUUCUGCCAGCUAGGAUGUGUCAAUGGUUACUAUGGCGACAAUUGUAACUACAGAUGCGACGACCGAUGCACGGUGUGUAACCGAGUGAAUGGAACCUGCGAGGUGUGCAACGUUGGUACAUUCGGUGACACGUGUCAGCGUAACUGCAGCGCCAACUGUGUUUCUGACCCUGGGCAGAAUUUCAGCACGUGCGCGAAAGAGAACGGUGGCUGCACUAGCGGCGCAUGCAAGCCCGGGUUCUUUGCCCCACACUGUGGCCUGACAUGCAGUCAAACCUGCGCGGAGAGAAGCCUCGAUGUGCAAGUGUGUGAAAUAAAUACCGGGGACUGUGUGUACGGAUGUGACGAUGGGUUUUAUAACCCCACGUGCGCCCAUCCAUGUAGUACCACGUGCAGGAAUAAACGAUGCGUGAAUGCCGGAAACAACUGCGUGGACGGGUGUGUCGAUGAAUACUACAACUUCCCGACCUGUGACACGCAGUGCAACUCAAAAUGUGUCAACUCCACGUGCGAUGACGUCGGUGGCGCCUGUAGCUACGGAUGUCGCGUCGGUUACUAUGGAAACCAAUGCCAGUUGACGUGUCCCUCGAACAACACUUGUGUUAACUAUACGUGCGACAGAAUGCUCGGGUAUUGCAGAGAAUGUGACCUGCCUAAACCCGGAUUCCAGUGCAGAGAGGCUGCAUGUGAUGUCGGUUUCUAUGGUAACUUCUGUACCACGCCCUGUCCAGGGGGUAGCAACUGCUCAGGGAGCACAUGUGAGCGAUACACGGCGAGUGCAAAGGGUGUAUCAGCGGCCGUUAUGGCGACCACUGUGAGAGAACAUGCCCCAACUGUGCUAGUGGCGUCUGUGAUCAGACUUCCGGUUUGUGCCAAGGCGCGUGCGUGGACGGCUAUUUCGGGGACAAAUGCGACACCCCGGUGUGGAAAUCGGUGCACGCGCUGUGCGCAGUUCACUGGAGCGUGUCUGUACCCAGUGCCUCCCGUUGUCUUCUGGUAUCAUUUCCUGCAACAAGGUGAGCGAAACUGUGACAGCAGCGCAUGCGUGCCAGGAUUCUAUCGACCCACGUGUACCUCGUCAUGCAGUUUGAAUUGUAAGGAUGUCGUCUGCGAACUUCAGAGCGGAAACUGCACAAACGGUUGCAACGUCGGAUGGUUUGGAAGGUUGUGUGACGGCAACUGUAGCGCAAACUGCGUGAACCGGAACUGCCUGGGUGCGGCGGAUAGAUGCCUGGAGGGAUGCGUGCCCGAAAAGUACGGUCCACAGUGCGACAUUUCAUGCAACUCUAACUGUUUUGACAAGUGUCUGUAA